AUGGCUUCGAAGAAACAUCGGAAACGUGAGAGGCUGGGAGGAGAAGUUCAGACAAGAGGGUGCAUCUUCGACGUGGAAGAGCCCCACCUUUUCCUUGCCGUGUAUUCUGCUCGGUGCCGCCGCUUGCCAGUGCUCGCCGCCGCCGUUCGGUCGCUGCCUGCCUCCGCACCGUCGCCGCCGCUCGGUCGCCGCCUGCCUCCGCACCGCCGCCGCCGCUCGGUCACCGCCUGCCUCCGCACCGCCGCCGCCGCUCGGUCGCCACCUGCCUCCGCACCGCCGCCGCCGCUCGGUCGCCGCCUGCCUCCGCAACACCGCCGCCUCUCGGUCGCCGCCUGCCUCCGCACCGCCGCCGCCGCUCGGUCGCCGCCUGCCUCCGCACCGCCGCCGCCGCUCGGUCACCGCCUGCCUCCGCACCGCCGCCGCCGCUCGGUCGCCGCCUGCCUCCGCAACACCGCCGCCUCUCGGUCGCCGCCUGCCUCCGCACCGCCGCCGCCGCUCGGUCGCCGCCUGCCUCCGCACCGCCGCCGCCGCUCGGUCACCGCCUGCCUCCGCACCGCCGCCGCCGCUCGGUCGCCGCCUGCCUCCGCAACACCGCCGCCUCUCGGUCGCCGCCUGCCUCCGCACCGCCGCCGCCGCUCGGUCGCCGCCUGCCUCCGCACCGUCGCCGCCGCUCGGUCGCCGCCUGCCUCCGCAACACCGCCGCCGCUCGGUCGCCGCCUGCCUCCUCACCGCCGCCGCCGCUCGGUCGCCGCCUGCCUCCUCACCGCCGCCGCCGCUCGGUCACCGCCUGCCUCCGCACCGCCGCCGCCGCUCGGUCACCGCCUGCCUCCGCAGCGCCGCCGCCGCUCGGUCGCCGCCUGCCUCCGCACCACCGCCGCCGCUCGGUCGCCUCCUGUUGGUGCUCGCCACCGCAUUCUCCAGCUGGUAAAAAUUGAAAACAGCUACAAAUUCUGGCCUCAGAGGACUGAAAAGACUGAAAUCGUUAGUAUGAAUAAGCCACAAUUUGUUUGCAAGCAGCCUACUAUUGACGCUGUCAGGGACACUGCAUGGAAGAAUAAUGGUGGAAAUCCUGUGCAGCCACAAGUAGAGCGAAAUGAAAAAGUGUUUGGAUAUGUGGAAAAGUGCACAAGUUUCAACCUCAGCCACGUUGAUUUUGUGUCAGACAUCAUGUGGGGCGGUGGGUAA